UUGAAUAUUCUCCCUCUGUUUCUCUGCUCACUCCAUUUCGUAGCCCUAAUCCCCAUCUUCACUUCUCCUGCCUCACCUCGAAAUCGAAAAAUGCCGCCCAAAUUCGACCCGUCCCAGGUUGUGGAUGUGUUCGUUAGGGUCACGGGUGGUGAGGUUGGAGCCGCCAGUUCGCUGGCUCCAAAAAUCGGUCCUCUCGGUCUUUCCCCCAAAAAAAUCGGAGAAGACAUUGCCAAAGAAACGGCAAAGGAAUGGAAGGGCCUCCGUGUAACCGUCAAGCUCACCGUACAGAACCGUCAAGCUAAAGUCUCGGUGGUUCCCUCUGCAGCUGCACUUGUUAUUAAAGCAUUGAAGGAACCGGAGAGAGACAGGAAGAAGACCAAGAACAUCAAGCAUAACGGUAAUAUCACUCUGGAUGACGUCAUCGAGAUUGCCAAGAUUAUGAGGCCAAGGUCCAUGGCCAAGGACCUCAGUGGCACUGUGAAGGAGAUACUAGGCACGUGCGUCUCUGUUGGUUGUACGGUCGACGGUAAGGAUCCCAAGGACUUGCAACAGGAGAUUACUGACGGUGACGUGGAAAUUCCCCUUGAUUGAGAUCAAGCUGGUUCUUUUUUAAAAAAAAAAAUUGUUAUCAUUUUGUUUUUGGUUUAUGUUGGAUUUUGGAUGAAUUUGAGGACCUUUAUUUGAAUGAGGUAACAUAGAUUAUUUAAUUGGGUAUA